UUUUCUUACUUGUGUUUAAAAUUUUCCUAGGUAUACCUUGAAAUAAUGGGAAAUAUUAAUGCUAAAGAUCCAGAUUAUUGGAAUGUGCCAGAUGACCCACCAUCUGAAUCAUACAAUGAACGCUGGAUGAAAUCUCUUCCUGAUGAGAAGAAAAUAUCUCAGUUUUCAGUUCCUGGAACACAUAACAGUAUGGCCCGUCAUGGAGACCUGAUCUGGGUUUGGUGCCAAAGCCUUUCUUUAAAUACUCAAUUGAAGCUUGGAGUUCGAUUCUUCGACAUUAGAUGUAGGCAUGUCAAUAAUGGUUUGCCGAUCCAUCAUGAAGCCUUCUAUCAGCAUUGUAAUUUUAAUGACGUAGUGUCGCAAAUGAUAUCAUACUUGAAUAGCAAUCCAUCUGAAGUGCUUCUUAUGCGAAUUAGGGAGGAGUAUGAACCAGAAGGGAAUACAAGGUCUUUCACUGAUACACUAAGGGCAGAAAUUAGUGAACAUCCUGCAGAAAGAUUUUAUUUGAAAACCAUUAUUCCAAAUGUGGGAGAAUGCCGUGGAAAGAUUGUUCUUUUAAGAGACUUUUCUGGUUAUGAUUUGGGAAUUAACUUCAGAUCAGCAGAUCUUGAAGACACUUGGAGUGCUGGAGAAGAUGAAAAGUGGGACAAGGUCAAAGCUCACCUAGAUAAAGCACAGAGAAGCUCAGGUGAUACCCUGUUCAUAACAUUUUCAAGUUUCACAUCUGGUGUCCAAGCACCACGUGAACUAGCACGAAAAAUGAAUCCCAAACUUCAUUCCUACAUUACUGGACGAAAAGGAAGACUAGGAAUUGUCGCCAGUGAUUAUCCUGGACCAAAACUCAUCCGUGAUACAAUUAAAAGUAAUUUUUGAUCAAAAUUAGCUCAUAUUAAUAUAGCUGCAUUCUAAUGUAACAUUAGAAACAUUGAUCAAUGCAAGCUUUAAAAAGUUACCUGUGCAUAAUUAUGAAUAAACUGCCAAAUUAAACCUGCUGCUUCCCAUUUCUCCUGAAGCAUACAGUUAUAACCAAAUAAUGUUUAAUUAUGUCAGAACAUUUAUGUACAACUUUUUAACGUAAACACUUAAAGACUAGAGAGCAAAUGCAUAAUGUGGUCAAAUGAUAUAAGACUGAAAGCAAAAAUAAACCUUUAAGGACUAUACAACCAUCAUAA